GGCGCUCAAAAACACGACAGAUCACAUGACUAGCACCGAGAAGCAGGGAGAAACAUGGCCGUCUCCGGUGUGUUUAAAGCGGGUCUGUUCAACCACAAAGUGGCGGUGGUAACGGGAGGAGGCACCGGAAUCGGUAAAGCCAUCUCCUCCGACCUGCUGAAGCUGGGUUGUAACGUGGUGAUCUCCAGUAGGAAGUUGGAGAGGCUGGAGGCUGCAGCUGAAGAGCUGAGACAGAGUAUCCCUGAGUCUAGUCCUGCAUCUGUCACCCCUAUAGUCUGUAACAUACGCAACGAGGAGGAGGUGAAGUCUCUGGUGGGGUCAGUGUUGCAGCAGUAUGGUCGGAUAGACUACCUGGUAAAUAACGGUGGAGGUCAGUUCAGCAGCCCAGCAGAACACACCUCAUCUAAGGGGUGGAAGGCUGUCAUAGACACCAACCUCACAGGAACCUUCCACUGCUGCAAGGAAGUGUAUGCUGCAUGGAUGAAGGAGAACGGAGGAGUGAUCGUCAACAUCAUCGCUGAUAUGUGGAAGGGCUUCCCAGGCAUGGCUCAUACCGGAGCAGCGCGGGCCGCUGUAGACAACCUAACUAAGACUCUGGCCAUCGAAUGGGCCGUGUCUGGAGUCAGAGUCAACGCCAUAGCACCGGGUACCAUCAUCUCCAAGACAGCCGUUGAGAACUAUAAGGAGUUUGGACCAACACUGUUUAAGAUGUCUAUUCCCUUCAGCCCUGCUAAAAGACUGGGAGUCCCAGAGGAGAUCUCUCCAGCAGUGUGCUUCCUCCUGUCUCCUGGUGCCUCUUAUAUCUCUGGAGCCACUCUGAGGGUGGACGCUGGACAGAGUCUUUACCACUCUAUGUGGGAAAUACCAGAUCACAGUGCGUGGCCUGCGGCCCCAGAGGGAGAGAAUCUGGACACUCUGAAAGAGCUGCUGAAACCCAAGGCCAGGCUCUAACUAUCACUACGGAAACAAGGUCAUCGCUACGGAAACAACCCAGCACCGCGGUGACCAGCCCAUGGCAACGGAUGGACGGACGGGUGUAUGAUUGUAGACAGACAGUAGAUGUUUAGAGAAUUGUUUUUGAUAACGCUGAUCAGAAUGCUAUCAAUAUGAAUUAAUGGAAGGAUUAGUGUCACUAUAGAGGCUGACCUCUACAUCUGUCUCCUCUCGUCCUGUCAGCCUGAGGGGAUGACGGCUCUGGUCAAUCACAUCCGCCCCAGAGGGGAUGACGGCUCAUGAUAAUGGCGGUAAAAGAGCUAAUGGAAUGCAACCCUUUUGUUUUGAUGUAUUUGAUACCAUUCCACUCCAGCCAUUACCACGAGCCUGUCCUCCCCAAUUAAGGUGCCACCAGCCUCCUCAGCAUACAAAUGGCUCGGGUGAUGUGAGGCUUUAUUAGUUGAGUAAAGACCUAUGUAAUUUGCUAGGUGAUUAUCUAUGUUUUACCAGAAUAAAAGCAGGCCUAAACUACCUGAGAAAA